AUGAAUAUAAUAAAAGAUUAUUUUUCGAAUUGGUCUAUCUUCAAUCAAAAACAAACUAGAAAUUAUAAUGUUGUAUUUACAGGAAUGACUGGUGUCGGCAAGACAUCAUUGUUGUACAAGAUGAAACUGGGUGAAUUCAUUGGUGAUAGUGAUAUUGGUCGUGGCACAAUGUAUAAUGUAGAGUAUUAUAGCUUUAGAGACAGACAAUUCACACUCUGGGAGUUGAAAACGAUCUCACCACAUGCAACACAUGUCAACUUGAAAAUCGAUGUUCUAAUAUUGGUUGUCGAUAGUUCAAACGAUAGGCUUCACACUCUACAAGAAACAAAACAAUACUUUUACGACGCAUUGAAGGAUGCAUUGCAAUACAGCGGUGAACAAACAUCUAUUUUAAUAUUAGCAAACAAAUGUGAUCAACCAAAUACAUCUAUUCUCAAAGAGAUUGAAGAUCAACUAGAACUUCCACUUCUAAACAACUACAUCGAUAACAACAGUAGUACCAAAAGCAAUCAUCUGUGGCAUAUUCAAGCUGUAUCUGCAAAGUCAGGUUAUGGAAUAGAUGAAUCAUUAGAUUGGAUAUCAAAUAUAUUAGAACUUCAACAACAAAAUUAUUAA